AUGUCCUAUCCACUCGCUCAAACCACCUUCACCGGUACUGUCAAGAGAGACGUUGAUCAAAAAACCUUCAAUACAAUCUCCACAUCGUUCAGUAACUUUUACUUGACUGCCAAAGAUGGAGAGACAUGGCAAGGAGUGUGCAGUUUGGGUUUGAUUCAUGCCAAUGAUAAUGUGUUGUGUAAAUUUGUGUACUUGUACAAUGGAAAUUUGUCUGAUGUUUUUCAACGAAUGGUUUGGAUACAAAAUUUUGAUAUUCGAACCAGUGAGUUUGGACCUUACUAUUCUUGUGAACGAAUGAUGACCACAUCGAAUGUCAAUUACACCUAUACUUCUCGUCCUUCAAAUGCUGAAAAUCUUGCUUCGGGACCUGUCUCCACCAUCAAAGCCUUCUAUCAAGAACAAUCUGGAGCAAAGUGGAAAGUGGAAGUUUCCAAUGCGUAUCAAGGAUGGUUCCGAAUUCUCAAUCAAAACGAUGGAAGAGUUGCAACGUGUGUGGUGGCCUAUGACAAUGCAAGGAAUGGUCAACCUGCUGCUCAUUAUUAUUAUUUUCAAUUUUUUGACAGCAACCGAGUGGGAAAGACCUCUCGAUUGAGAGGUAAAAGCACCGAUUCUGGGUUGAACAUUUAUUUGGAUAAUGGUGAUGUGUUUGUUGGAAUGGAUGCUUAA